UUUAGUAUCUACAUUUAUUAUCUAACACGAUGAUUAUGAUGGCAAUAUCCAAAAUGAUCAGGAUUCCUGUCAUCAUCAUUGUCAUUAUGGCAAUGAUGAUAAUUUCAUUUGAAUGCUUUGAAAUCGAUCAACAACAAUUGCCAUUAUCAUAUGGAUCAACUUUUUCGCAUGGAGAUAAAAUGCCUGAUAUUCCUGUCAACCAAUUGUUGAUUGUUGGAAUUCCUGAUUCAAUCAAACCAUUAUUGAUGUCUCCGCAGCCGCCACCACCACCACCAACACUGACUUUAUCAUCAUUGGCUCAAUUAUUCGGACCACAAGCAUUGAUGUUACAAAUGGAUAAAGAUAUUGAACAUCAAAAUAUGGACAACAGUUAUCCAACAUCGAAUAUGAUUGAUCAUUCAUCAUCAAUACAACCAACAUUGUCAACUAGUUCGUUAGUACAAGAAAUCGAUCAGGAUGAUGAAAAGAAAAUUUCCCCGAAAAUUGAUCAAUUGGAAAAAUUUUCGCCAAAAUUUCAAGGUUUUGUUGCGGAAAUGAAAAUUCGAUGGAAAAUUCGUCCAAUCGAUUCUGGAGAUGAUGAUAAUGAUCGAGAUCAUUAUAAUAAGCAACGUUUUCGACGUUAUCGUCGUCGUAAUCGUCAUCAUCAUCACUACCAUCAUCAUGAUGAUAAUGAUACUUUUGAACCAGAUGAAUUGAUGAUCAAAAAACGUACAAAACGACAAUCAAUUACCGAUAUUGGAGAAAUAUUUAAUAAUAUGUUUCGUCAGGCUAAAACAACCGCUACGAAUGGUAUGGCAAAAAUGCAGAGAACAAUACAGACAAAUUCUAGACGAUUAUUUGGUAACGUUUUAAAUAACAAUAAUACGAAUAGAAUCGGUGAAAGUAUGGGUCUAUCGAAAUUAUGGUCAAGAAUUUUCAACAUUUAUGAUCAGAAUAUUAACAACCGAUUAAGAACUGUUCACAAUAAAUGA